AUGGUAAACAAUGUGGUUUCGCGUGCAGCAUUUGGUUUCAAAUGCAAUGAUCAAGAUGAAUUCAUGUCAUUGCUUUCAGAAGUUAAAAAGAAAUUCUUCACCUUGCCUGAUUUGUUCCCCUCGCUUGGCUUUCUUCGUUACAUUACCGGGGUGCAGGCUACACUGGAGAGCUUACACAGGAAGCAAGACAAGCUUCUUGAUCGAAUCAUCAACGAACACAAGAUGAAAGGAAAAUCGAAUGGCAAAAAAUCUGACCACGAUGAUCUUCUUGAUGUGCUUCUAAAGCUUCAGGAGUCCGAUCAGCUGGACAUGCAUCUCACAACCAACCAAAUCAAAGCUGUGACCAUGGUAUUUACUGCAAUUGGAAACACUAAUACUGAUAUUAUAAUUUUGAUAUCUUUCAUGUGA